AUGAGUCUCAAUAUUACAUCCGACGGCUCUCCCACUCCCCGCAAAGGCUCAGCCCGCUUCCUCGCAGAUGACCUCAGGGUUGAUACGUCUCCAGAGGUAUUGGGUCUGGCGUUGAAGAUCGAGGUGGACACUCUUCAGGAUCCGGGCUCUGCCGAUGUCUAUGAUUCCCUCUUGCAGCGUCUCUCUGAGCAUUCGCCUCUUGACCAGCACAACAAAAAGAUGAUGUCUUCUGGCGACUUCACCAAUGCCAACCUCAACAUGACAGGCAACCAGUACGCCUCCUCCUCCAAUGAUUCGGUCCCUAUCACCCCCGCUACCGAUAAUUUCGCUGGCACUCCAACCACAGAACCGGACUCCCAAGGCGUGGUCGUCGAUGUUGGUGAAUACAACAAACUUAGAAAAGAGCUAGAGGAUACUCAGCACCAAGUCGCGCGCAUGAAGGAGGAGCUUCAUACCACGCAUCUGACCAAGGCCACUCUUGAUCAUGCCAUUGGUCAGUCUUCUGAAGCAGACUACAACUAUUACAAAGGCGACGUAACCGAGCAUACCAUUUCUCAAUUACAGAACAAGUUUAAUGCAUCGACUCGUCCCAGCUUCGGCCGACAAGAGAGCUGGCCCUUGCAAGAAGAUGCUUUGUCUGAGAAGAGUGACGGUCUUUCUACGAAGCCCUUCAACAAUGGUCAAGCUAUCUGGGGUAAUGGUGCGAAGCAGUCGGGCAACUUGAACAACAAUGCGACCGUUGGCCAGCAAUACCCGGGUGCUAUAAAUACUUGGGGCAAUGAUACGUCUCGCUCUUUCUAUGGCAGUAACACGAACAUGGGAAUGAAUGUCAACACACAAGGCUUCGGCCCAAUGCAGCCUCAGACUCGCCCUUCCACUGGACAAUCCAAUUACCGCGGACGUAAUGGAUACUUGAACGAACCGACUCAUUUCCCACUUGAGCCGAACUACCGCGGGGGUAUGGCCUCAAACCCCCCAAGUCGUCCUGGCUCUGCGUUUGAUGCUCCUCGCUACAAUCAAUAUCAUGGCUACUCCAAUUCAGUGGCUCCAGGGUCCGGUGGAGGCAUGAGCCCGUCAAUGCCGCCAAUGCCGAUGCCACCUAUGGGCAUAUAUGGUCCGUCAAAUGCCUUAACGCCAUACCAGCCACGCCCUAUUGGUAGCAUGGGAACCCGCUUGUCUCCUGAGGCUGCUGAGUUUAGCGUGGAUGCUAUGGCUCCCACCCCUUGGAAUGCACAGGCAAGCUCCGCUUCAUGCAUCCAAUACGUUACACCAGCCGAGCCUAUGAAUUACCGUCGCCUUCUUGAUCGCAACAUGAACUGUAACUGGAAGUACAUUGUCGACAAGAUCAUAUGCAACAAUGACCAGCAGGCUUCCAUAUUUCUGCAGCAGAAAGUGAAGGUUGGCACUGCUGAACAGAAAUUCGAGAUUGUGGAAGCAAUCAUCGCUCAGGCCUACCCACUCAUGGUCAAUCGUUUCGGAAACUUCCUUGUCCAACGUGCCUUCGAGAACGGCACUCCAGAGCAGGUCAUUGCAAUUGCCCAAGCUAUUCGUGGCAAUACCCUGACCCUCAGCAUGGAUGCGUUCGGAUGCCACGUUAUCCAGAAAGCGUUCGAUGCGGUUCCGGAGGAAUACAAGGCGACCAUGGUCCACGAACUCCUUCGUCGCAUCCCUGAGACCGUCAUACAUCGCUAUGCUUGCCACGUGUGGCAGAAGUUGUUCGAGCUUCGUUGGAACGAUUCCCCACCCCAGAUCAUGCGCUACGUCAACGAGGCACUUCGCGGCAUGUGGCACGAAGUUGCUCUGGGUGAAACCGGCAGCCUCGUAGUCCAAAACAUCUUCGAGAAUUGUCUUGAGGAAGAUAAGCGUCCUUGCAUCAAUGAAGUCCUUGCCAGCAUCGAUGUCAUCUCUCACGGUCAGUUUGGCAAUUGGUGCAUCCAGCACAUCUGCGAGCACGGAGCCCCUCCAGACCGCAGUAGGGCAAUUGACCACAUUCUCCGCUUCGCCACCGAAUACAGCAUGGACCAGUAUGCAUCCAAGGUCAUCGAAAAGUGUCUUAAGAUCGGCGGAAACGAGUUCCUUGACCGCUACCUCGAGAGGGUCUGUGAAGGCCGCCCUGAGCGUCCGCGCAUGCCGUUGAUCGAUAUUGCUGGUGAUCAAUUUGGAAAUUACCUGAUCCAGUACGUCCUGACCAACGCCAGCACCCACCACCGUGAGCUAGUCGCGUCCCAUGUUCGCAAGCACAUGGUCUCCCUUCGAGGCUCAAAGUACGGAUCUCGUGUCGCCAUGCUCUGCUGCAAUCCUGCUCUUGCUACCCGUCCGGGACCGCCAGCUGGCAUGCAGAUCAACCGCUACAGCACGCAUAGCAUUCAUCGUGGUGGCGGUGGCAGUGGCUACAACGGUUUCCGCUAAACUAAUACUUCCAACAUCCCCAACUCCUCUUUGGUUUAGCCGGUUGGCAAUGCACUCGUUCGAUCUCGACCAAAAGUUGCAUGGAUAUGCGAAAGUUACCAUUCAUGUCAAAAGGCUUGAACCGAUUUUGCCAUUCUUUGGUGUACGAAUUCGGCUGGCCACGUCGCCUAUCUAUUCAAAGAUCGACCGUUUUAUCUCCUUGCUUGGGAUAACAAAACGUGCAUCUCUUACUGGCAAAACGCAGUUGUUGGGCCAGUAUCGCUUCCUGGAAACACCAUUACCGUCUUACACAAGCACAUGUUCCCUUUUGUUUAACACCACAUCUCUCUCCACACUUUCGGCAGUUGACACGACUUCAUGGGAUACUCUCGACCAUCUCCC